AGGACACCGGCCCUCCAGGACCGAGCGAGUGUGAAUGGAGCCACGGGUGUGGAGCUGGACCUGGAGUUCACGGCUGAUGGGGUUCCCGUACUGAUGCACGAUGACACCGUGGACCGAACCACAAACGGAUCAGGACCACUGAGCAAGCUGCUCUUCUCUGAACUGCGCAAACUGGAUGCAGCAGCCAAACACAGAUUCAGUGACCGCUUCCGAGGUGAGAAGGUUCCAACGCUGCAGGAGGCAGUAGAGGAAUGCAUCAAGCGCCAGUUGACCAUCUACUUUGAUGUCAAAGGUCAUCCAGAUGAGGCGGCUGCAGCGCUGAAAGAAUUGUUCCAGAAGUAUCCAGUGCUCUACAACACAAGCAUCGUCUGCUCAUUUGAGCCCAAAGUCAUCUAUAGGAUGCGACAGGCGGAUCCGAAUGUGGUGACCGCAUUGACCCAUCGGCCGUGGAGUCUGAGUCGGUUUGGCGACGGGACGCCGCGGUUCUCAUCCGCGUGGAAGCACCACUGGAUGCAGGUGUUGGAUGUGCUCCUGGACUGGGCUCAUCAUCACCUGCUGUGGAACCUGUGUGGAGUCUCCGCCUUCCUGGUGCAGAAGAACUUCAUCUCGCCGGACUAUGUGCAGUACUGGGCAGCCCGCGGUGUAGAGGUGGUGGGCUGGACGGUGAACACGGCUGUAGAGAAGCAGUACUACCAGCAACUACUGAAGAUCAACUACAUCACCGACAGUCUCGUAGAGGACUGUGAACCUCACUACUGAAAUGCCACAUUGUACAAUAACUAGGUUAGGCCUUUAGCAAUUCAAGCAACUAAACUGUUCUGCUAAACUCAAAAUAUUAUAAAAGUAUGUCUGUAAUGAAUUGCUCUGAUUUAGGAAGCAUGCUGUAGAGACUUGAAAUUGACAGGGUAACAAAAUGCUUUCAUUGUGUACAAUUUAUAAUAUGGGAGAUGUAAAUAUCAAUGUUCAAAUGUACUGUACACACCCACUCAGGUGAGCCAAUUUGACUAUACAGGUAAUAUCAUUAUUUUAUUUCCACUUUAAUGGCAUUAUUCAUUGAAGAAGGACAUUUUUGAGGACAGAGAGGGGAAUUCAGUGGUUGUUAGCGCUGUCAGGCAUCAUAUUAUUGUUUAUAUUUAGAAUUAGGGAGUCAUAUGGACAGCUUGGUAAAUUUGGAGCACUUAUGCCUUGUCCACACUAAUGUUUUAGUUUGAAAAUGCAUCUUUUUCUCUGCGUUUUGGCCUUCCAUCCACACUGAGACAGUGUUUUUGUCAAGUAAA